AUGGCACUGGACAUUGAUCAAGUACUGGAGCAAAUCGGCAGCAUUGGCCGAUAUCAGAUCCGCUUUAUAAGCGCCAUGUGUUACCUUGGAUUCUUCGUAUCGGGAUUUCAAACAAUGAUCAUGACCUUCAUUGCAACCGAACCCGGAUGGCGUUGCGUGACCAACAGCACCUUGUGUAACGCAACAGGUGUAUAUCGUCCUGGAGACGUGGGUUACAAUGACCGGUGUGAUAGAAAACUGCCUAGUUCCGAAUGGGAGUAUGAAGAUACUUUCACAUCAACAGUUACUGAGGUGUGUACCGGUCAAUUCGAGAUUUCAAGUCUUCAUCUCUCGGGCAAUUCCUAUGGUUAGGACAUUUUCACUUUUGGAAACGGGCACUUUGCACGAAACGGUCACAUGGUACAAAAAGCAUCUAGCCAGGAUGCAGCAGCUGCUAGGAAGCUGAAAGCCAAUUGGUUUGCUACCCAAACCGGAAAACAAAGCAAAACAAUGGUAAACAAGGAAUUACUAUUUUUUGAAAGAACGAAUCAGGAAAGACGUUACGAGCAGCUCUUACAUUACUGCCUUGCUGGUUGGGAAAGGUCCCAGAGGGGCAAGAAAAACAAAGUGAUGACAUCAUUUAAAAGCUGAAGCCAAUAUAUAUCCUUUUUUUCAAGGUUCCCACUGCCUCAUUUGCCAUCCAGCAAGGUGUUUUUUUUAAUCAUGUGACCGUUUCGUGGGACCCAUUGAGUUGGUCAAUAUAUCAUUCCUGGGCAAAAAAUAUUGCUCAAAUACCCCACCUUGUUUUGGCUAGAAUACCCGAUCACAGGCCCCUACCCCUGGUAAAAAAAAAGAAUCAAUUUAGGUUUCUGGGAAACUGCCCACCUACCCCUUCCCUAAGCCAUCAUUUUUCCUUAAGUGAGAAGGAAGUAUUAAUAUUAGUUUAGGGGAGGGGUAGGUGGGCAGUUUCCCAGAAACCUAAAUUGAUCCAAAAAAAAAAAAAGUCGUAAAAUUUAAUCGUAUUCCAAGGCAAACAGGUAACUUUAAAGUAACUUUUAAUCUCUGCUUACAGUUAUGCAUAUCUUUUCCCCAAUCUUUUCUAGUUUCAUACGAAGAUCAGAGCUUAGCCUCCAACAUCAGAUAUCGAUCUUCACCAUUAUUUGCACAGAGGAUAGUAUCAUAAGUACAAAAUCCGUUGCUAUGGGUCUUACCAUGCAGAAUUGUCGACCUCAGGAAUGACUCUGUCUUUCAUUUUUUUAUGAAACAAGUUCGUGUUGAGUGAGAGAAUUCUUGUAUAAAGAUUGGGACAAGAUUGUAUGAGCUAUGACUGCAACAGGUUUCUGGGAAACUGCCCACCUACCCCUCCCUUAAGUCAACAUUAACACUUACUUCUCACUUAGGGCAAAAUGUUGGGUUAGGGGACGGGUAGGUGGGCAGUUUCCCAGAAACUUUCAAUUGAUCCCCUUAAUUUUCCCCAUUCAUUUCCUUCCUUCCAGUGGGAUCUCAUCUGUGACAAGUCAAUUCUUGGAAGCGUUUCAUCUUCGGUCAUCUUCGCCGGAUGGCUUCUUGGAAACGUGUUACUCGGAUGGAUCUCGGACAGGUUCAGUCGUCGUAAACCUUUGUAUUUUACCGUAUGUCUAGCGGCAGUGUUCGGCUUUGCUGGUGCAUUUUCUCCUCUCUUCUGGUUAUUUGUGUCAGCAAGAUUCGUUGUGGGAUUCAUGCUAGGUAUGUCAAGAAUGAUUACAAACAACGGGGCCUUUCCAACUUCGUUCCCAAGGCUCUCUCAUACUCAUCCAGCGCGAGAGAGGGAACCCUGGAAACGAAGUUUCGGUUUUUUUCUUCCACAGUACAGUACAGUACAGUUAAAACCCUCCAGCCGAUAGACCUGUUACUAUGGAGUUGCACUGGCGACUACACGGUCGACCAGUGCAGCGAAACCACUCUUAUCCUGUGUAGCCCUCUUUGCCUGCUCAAUGGGGAAAUUUAAUAAUUUAGCGAUAUUUAUCCAAGGGUCCCGUUUGUAUGGACGCUUAGACUUCGCAAACAGCAUCUUCUUUGUCGGCGUAGUGUUUGGACAACGGCAAACAUGACCAAUAUAUUUUAAAUGUAGGCUCCUGAUCACACUUCUCUCUCUCCUCGCCUGGAAAGUCCUCCUCCUUCUCCUCAUUUUUAUUGUUCUCCCUCCUCCUCCUCCGCCACAUUUUUUUUGUUAACAGGCAGGUUAUUUAGAAGGUCAGACAAGUUAAAACCCGGCUGUAUAUAAAAAGUCACAGCAACAAACCAAUGAGUGGCGCUGGAUCUCCCAGUUGUAGACCUGGAUCAGCACAAUUAAACUUGUAGAAAAAUAUGGAACGGCAAACUGAUCAUAACGGCAACAAUGCGAUGAAGAAAAAAAAAAAAUAAAAACAAAAUAACAAAAAUAUAUAUAUUUAAUCAAAUUGCCCAAUAUUUCGGUUUGAAAACAAACCUUCUACAGGGGCUACAAGAAAAGUGGAAAUAAAACUAAAAAGUGAAAAAGUUUCCGGUUUUAAAGGAAGCUAAGUCACGCUAUUCACCAUCAGUUUUCCAAAGAUAAAACUUUUUUUUGCGUCAAUUAAAUUCCAAACAUAAUCCCCCACAUAAUGGUCCAUUUUUGUUAUUCAAGACCAUAUUUAGACAUUCAGGCUGUUUCCUGUCGUCUGUUGCAACGGAUGGCAAGGAUGGACAUGGACUUAAACUUGAAAAAGUUGGGUCAAUGUCAUAGAAUGCCAAAUUAAUAGUAGUUACUUCUUUCAUGCUAAUUUUUUUUGUUUAGGUAUUUUUUUGCCAUAGGACGUUAUUACGUAACUUUUAUUGUUGUAGUUGGUACUUUUUUGUUCGUUAUAAAACUAAUUCGGUAGAAUGUUCAUUGUAAGCCGUUCUAUUGGUUGUAAGCCGUUAAUUACUACCUUUUACAAUUGCCCCUUUUUGCCACACCUUGCAUUUGAGGGAUUUGGAAAUCUUGGAUAUUUUAAGAAGGAGCCGCGUCGCUAAAAAGGUCAGUGCGGAGGGCGCGUUCAGAGAAAGUGUAAGAGAGAGAAACCUUGAAGCACAACCACUUCUGAAAUGCCUUCAGCAGCGGCGUCCUCUUUAAAGAAAAAGAAACCAUUUUGUCAGGAGGAAAGCGGUUUGAUGUGCUGUAAAAGUUGAGAGAGCAGGAGAAUUAUUGUCUCUCCAAAACCGUAACAUCUCUCCAAGAACGGUUGCGGAAAACCAAACUUAACUAGAGAGCAGCGGCAGACCGGGAGACCGAAUCCGGAGCAAGUCUGUGAAAGAGUUAAGAGUCAGGCGGCUACUGGAGUUUAGAGGUUUUGGGAUCGAGUAAAAGUGGUGUUGUGUUCGGAAGGAGUCGCGGCGGGCUGGACUAAAGGAAAGACAAGGAACUCUGUUUUAUACGUAAGGUGAACUAAAAAGGGAACAAUUACUGUGUGUUCGAAGAAGAUAAUUUGUAAAUACGUUGUAGAUUAAGUAGUUCAAAAAUUGCUGUGUAUUUUUGUGUUAAAAAAGUAAUAUCGCAUUAGUCUUUAGAACUUAGAAUAAUUAUCACGUUUUAAUUGUUUAGUGAAACGAGUAUACAGAUACGCUAGGUUAAUCUUAAAAUCGUGGACUUUUGGGAGUUUUGUUUUAAUAAACAUUUAGAGCAUUAUUUUUUUAUAUACGUGUUUUCUUGAGUUUGUCUAUGCUCUGUGUUAUUGUUGGAGAGGACUCACUUUUGUGGCAGGUUUCGUCACAGUCAACUUUUUCGAGUUUCACUGCUAUGCCCCCCCCCCCCCCUGCAUUUUGUGUAUGGGUAAAGACACAAAGUAAUAAGCUCAGGUCAGAACUGACCUAAAACAGCAAAAUCUGCUUGAAAAAGCCCCUUUACAGGAAUCGCCAACUAAUGGCUCUUACCGUUACCGUUUUGAAAAAUCAGUUUUUACAAUUUCUUUCAGGUGGAUCUGGGCUAGUGCAGUUUGUUCUUAUCACCGAAUUGGUUGGCGUACAACACCGUCAUUCGGCUGGAAUCAUCAGCUUCUUUGCGUGGGCCACAUCUCUGAUGACCAUUCCCCUGUUUGCCUACUUCAUUCGCGACUGGAAGCUUCUCAAUACUGUACUGUCCGCACUGGGUUUACCAUCCUUGUUUUUUUGGUGGUAAGGCAAAUUAGGGAGCUUAAGGAGCAUAGUUCGUAAGCAACGGUCGUCAACCGGAAGUGGACUUUUUGCAUCAUUGGGGAGUGGUUCGGUUGAAACACUAGCUCAGGUAAAUCGUCUUUAUAAGAGAAAAGAAACUUGGCAAUACAAAUUUGUUAGCGUCAAGGCAUAUAGAAAGAGAGAAGGCCUCACUUCCGGUUGACGUGCGUCGCUCAAAAACGUGGAGGAGGGGGGUGGGGGGAAGAGACGGCUGACACCGUAGACUACGCAUAGUAUAGGUUGUUUACAGUUCCCCUGUUUUUCCUAUGAUCUCCCGCGAUAUCGAUGGCUCGAAAAGAUUGUAAACUGCCCUCGAGAAUCUGAUGGAGGGCCCCGACCAUUUCAUCUCCUAUCCUCGUCUAUACGAGCAAUUUGGACUCUUAAAAAGCAAUGGCCGUUUUUAUACUAAGGACGCAUUAACCGUCUGGACGAACUUGGGCAAACAUUUUGUAGUUCGUCUGGUUUUGCGUCUCAAGUAUAAAGACGAGCACAAGACGCAUUAUGCGUCCUGACAAACUACCUUUCGUGGUGCGUAGUUCAAGAAGUAUUUCUAAGGAAAGUUCGUCCAGACGCAAAAUCUCUAUGACUAUGAGAUAAAAUGUCAAAAGUCUAUAACAAGACUAUAACUAUUAAAAAGAUGAAUCCGGUAUAGCGUAACAAUAGCAGUGGUAUCAGUGGCAGAUCCAGGGGAGGGGCCCGGGGGGCCCGGCCCCCGCCCUCUUAUUUUUAGACCAAACGUAUCCCCGAGAGGGCCAAAAAAUUUUUUGGAGACCGGGCUCCCCCUAAUCUAAGGGUCUGGAUGACCGCCCCCGUCCCCCUUAUCUCAAGGCCUGGGUCCGGCACUGGGUAUCGCAUAACAAUCACUUAAUUUAUCACUCACAGGCUUAUUCCAGAAUCUCCCAGAUGGCUUCUAGUAAAGGGCAAAAUAGAACAAGCCGAGAAAGGCCUGGCGGAGAUUGCGCGAUUCAACAGGAAGGAAAUGCCCCAGGAACCAUUACUUGCUCCUGUAGAUGGGGAAAAGUCAUCGGGCGGUUUCCGCGACUUGUUCGCUACUCUGAAAAUGUCUCGUAUUACACUGGUAUCCUGGUUUGGAUGGUGAGUCUGAGAGCUUUUAUAGAGUACAUUGGAAUGAUGAUAAACAACUUUUCUUUCGAUUUCUUUCUUGGAAAUCAGCGCCGUUUGUGAUACGACUUCGAUGAAAUCCACAGGGAAAUGUUUGAUCACGUGUGCUAAAAUUUUGAUAAUAUAGUUGCAACCCAAAGGAUUGUGGGAAGAUCUUCCAAUCUUCUUUUGUUUAUUACGAAUGGUCCCUCAUGUUGAGAGAGCGAAAUGCGCGAGCCCGCGUUAAAAUAUGCCGCGUAGGUGGUGGCAAUUUUCACGCGCGCUCGCGUAUUUUACUCAUUCAACUACCACUGAGGGAAAUCAGAAAUUACUCGUAGUACAGAGCUUUACUUAGUAGCCCUGGAGCAAACAAGUUAUCAAAAACUAUAAUCGUCAUCCGUUUCAGGAAUCUGCUUCAAGUUUUUCCAUCUUGCUUCUUUUUGUAUUUGCUUUACCGUUUAUACCUUCUUUUAACGUUCAGAGCGGUCUUUUUUUGUUUCACUCAAUUUAGUGGCAGUUCCAACUGUUUGAAUUUUGAUAACUUUUCCGACACAGUACCUUUUAGUCUCCGGGUAAGCUAAUUCCCGGACUCUCGUAAAAACUAUAGGAAAAUCCUCAAACAGGCCAAAAUACACGCACGCACUCUAUCAUUCUCUUUUUCCAGGUUCGUGAACUCUAUGGUUUACUAUGGUGUAAGUCUAAGUGCUCCUGUCUUGGGCGGCAACAUGUAUCUCAACUUCUUCCUGAUCAGUGCUCUUGAGGUCCCCGCUAACUACGCCACAAUCUUUUGUAACAGAAAGUAAGUAAUUCAUUGUCAGCAUAUCAUGAUGCAAGCCUCUAAUGCUGAUUGUUUCAGCCGUUUUUAUCUCUCUUUGUGAUUCUAUCGUGCCCCGAUCUAUGAGCGUAAAUCAAUAAUUCGAUCACGUGGUAAAAACCUCGGUUUACCCGUACGAUUUUCCGCCAAAAUGUGGAAUUCAGCAGAGCGUUAUUUCACGUUAGCUUACUUGGAUAAGAAGGACGUACGAACGCUGACGUCAUAUCCAAAAUUUUUUGCCUAACCAGCUUAUCCUAAUUUUUAGCCAUGGUGCUACGGUUCGUGGAACUCCGCUUAAGUAGUAUCUUUUUUCGCAUUAAAGAGCCGGUAAUUGUCGUUUUAAAACUCACUUUACCAGACAUUUGAUAAAUAUGACGGUACCCUUUACCCUCUCGAGUUUAAGUUGAGUGUUUUCAGGUUUGGACGAAAGAAGACGGUUAUUGUUCCCAUGGUUCUUGCUGCGCUUGCGUCGAUGGGGGCGGUGCUGUUGACCAGAAACGAUGAUGAAACCGGUGGGUAGAAAAUCAUUAAGAGAAUCAGCAAACCUCAAUUUCAUUUGAACUUUAUCAACGCCGAUAACGUCAUAUUUGUGUGUAUGGUUUUUAAUCAUAAUCUUUUGUUGUGAAGCUGUAAGAAAAUAAACUUGCUGGAAAUGUAAUACUUAUUAGCAAAGGUGCAAUUGUAUGAAGAUUACAUGUUCUGUUGCAGGUUUUUUUGUCGGAAGGAUCUUAAUGGCGCUGACAGCUAAGUUUUUCAUCACAGUCUCCUUCAACGCCAUUUAUGUGUUUUCUGCGGAAUUAUUUCCAACCGUUGUCAGGUACCGUGAUACUUAUGAUCUCUUAUUUAAACCAGAAAAAGGUACAAUUGAUAGGACUGAUGGCAAAUGUCACGCAUUAGUUUUUGGCGUUGACGGUUGGUUUAGCGUGCACAGCGGCUGUGGAACAGGCGCUUUGCAUUCCACCUUUUAGUUAUAAUUGAUGCUUCGCACCCCAGUUUUCCCGCGCGUUACUAAAGCUGCAACGUUUUUUGUGCUCUCUACAGUUUCGUCUUGUUGAUUAUUGUGGACCCUGCAUCAAUUACAGGCCUGUAACAAACUCCACAGACUUUGUCACUUGUAUCUCAACCCUUGAGCCUCGUUUUCUUUUGUGACGUGAUCAGAAAACUUGUAGAUUGCGAGCAGUCUCUGUUUUUCUCCAGAUUCAGUGAGGGAAUUGCAAGCGCGCGGAACGAAAGUCGAGCGCCGAAGCUGCGAGACGCAAGAAACAAGGGUGCCUAAGCCCUCUCGAGCCUUCAGUCACGUGCGUGGUCAUUUUCGUGUCUCGCGCGUUUCGUUUGAGGGACUUAGAAAAAAGGGAACCUUUUCGUAGUCUAGAAAACUUGAAACUUCAGGGCAAGAAUCUCGAGAAGGAACAACUGGACCAAAAAAAUGGCAUUUAAUUUUAUUAUUCUGAUUUGUUACUUUUCUUUAAGAAAUACUGGAAUGGGAACAAGCUCAGGAGCAGGAAGGAUUGGGUCUUUCUGUUCUUCAUACAUUGUUUGGUUGGUAAGUAAGUGCUUUUAACAAUUUUUUAUUCUUGUUCCUCUCCUCCCGAAGAUGGUAGUGGAGCUAUAGGGGUGUCUCUAUGACUUUUGGGUGAGUUCUUCUGGAAUUGCAACGCUUUGCUAAAAGUUAUUAUCUUACCCCAAAAUAACUGCAGCCAGAAAAAGAAAAUGUUCAAACAACUGAUCAGUUUCCAUAAAUAAUUGAAAGGUGGCCGUUUUCUGAAAACAGUCUGUAGAGCGUUUUCACUCAUGUGGCUAACAGCAAUGCAAAUUUAUUGGAACAAAAGAAAGUUUUUACAAAAGAAAAAGCUAGGUUUAACUUUUACAGGAUUGGUUUGGAACAGCAACAUGCUCGCCGUUUCAUUAUUUUGGGACACCAUUAUGGCGGACAUGGUGACGUCAUAUGAAAACGCUCUAUAAUUCGCCAUUAUCAGGAGUAUUCCGUUGUGUAAUAGUCAUGAGGUGUCAGCCCUCAUUCAAUUCUAGCCACUUGCAUUUUAAAUCAAACUAAACUUCGUUAAAACUUUAACCUUUACAGCAUAUAUAUGACAUUACCCCAGCCCCCAACCCCCUUUCGGUAACAUACUCUCCAUCAUAUGUCUUGCCGAAAAGAGUUCCAAGCGACACUAGGUACGGAGUCAAAUACAUUUUCUGAUGUAAAAAUACCAUUUCCUUCAUUUUAAUUUAUGUCAUUUUCCAGAUCCCAGGAAGUCUUUUGAACAAACACAUUAUGUUUUGAAACUUUUUUGGUUUACAAUUAUUUUGAUCGACAGACCCGAAUCCACCCACUCCUGCCCUAUGGCAUCAUGGGCAUUGGCGCUUUCGUGGCAGCCAUGUUGUGCUUGACACUUGCGGAGACUAAGGACCAGCCCACAGCGGAAUUAGUUCGCAAUGGUGUCAAUGAUGUAGCAGUGAAAGAACUAAAAGACGACCUUGACAGAGAGGAUGAGAAGAUGGAAUUUACUUCAAGACUGUAAAAAAAACCCAGUAGCACGUGCUGUGUCAGUUCUUGUCUACCGGCUGAAGAGAGGAAACGGAACACUCAAAAAAAUGGUAGAAGUUGUAUUAAGUCUUUCCUAAACAUCACUCAAUCCGUACACGAUUUUAGUAUUAAAACUUUUUAGACUUUUUACUGGUGAGAAGUAUUCGUUUUUGCCUCCGUUUGAUGAGGUCUCUUACGGCCUUAUUAACUGUUAUUUGGUUGAUGUGUGAUGGUCACUAUCAAGGCCAAAACAAAGCCUGUAUGGCAGUGUAAAGUAUUUUCCCCGCAUGUUUUUUCGUUCUUUGACUAUAGCCUAGGUACCAAGUUUUUCUCAGGGAUAGAGGGUUUUAUUGGCACUCGUUUAUUCUGCAGCAAACGGUGUCGAUGCUCACAUUUCGAGCUGGCUACCUGUAGCUGCAGCUUACUUUUCUUUUCAAUUUGUGAUGGUAGCAAUCAGGCUCAAUUGAUUACUCAUUGAUGAUAUUGAUCAUUGACUAAUUAUGCCUGAAUAUGUGCACGUUUUAGAGAAGAAGUGGCGUUCUAAAAGUUCAAGUGCUGAUUAAAAUUCCCUUUGGUGAGGUCCAAUACAAAUAGUGAAGAUUAUUACCAUGUGAUACGCAUGCAAGUUACGUUCGAUUCAAAAACAAAUAUUGGGAAAGGAAUUAAAGUAACGCAGCUGAUGACUUUGCUGUCUACAGAGCUGCGCAAAUUUUCAGUACUAACCAGCGUGUUUAUUCAGUAAACAGGGAAGGAAAAAUGGCUAUUAUAAAAUUCUUAGUUCAGGUAUCGGUCGCUGUUUUACUCUCGCUGUCCAUCGUGGAUUCUUGUUCUCUUGACUCUGACUGUGCUUCUUCGGAAAGCAUCGACCUAGUGAGAUGCUGCAAGGGUGAAUGCCUCGACAAACACAACAAUUGCCCGCUGGGGACAGAAGAUGCAAUAAUUGCUCUUGUUUUUGUCUGCGUUGUGAUUGUUGUCGCGGUCUGCUUGAUCUACUGCUGCUGUUCAUGUCUACGAUAUCGACAACAUUCAACAGGAAAACUUAGAAUGAGAAGUGCACCGCCCUAUCAGAAGCUCAUGAACCACUCCAACGAAACUAACGUCACUAACAAGGGUGCUUCUUCACUAAGGAUCGAUGUGUUCUACCCACAGCCCUCAUCACCAGUGCAGCAGUACGCUAUCAGACACCCAAUGGAAGUCAAAGAUGAUCUUGACGGAUUUGCAUAACUCAAAGGCAACCUGUAAUUUCCUUUUUAGGAUUUUAUUCACCAGAAGUAUAGCUUACUUAACGGGCGGGGGAGGUGUUUCCACCAUCUCCCAUGAAGAGAGAGCGCUUCUCUAUACCGAUUGAUAUGAGAUGGAUUGCCAAGAUACCAUGUAAUAAAUUCGUAGAAAAGACGUUAAUACCAGGGUUGAGCGUUCAGGAACCUCGCGAAUAUGCGUGAUUCCAUGCGUUUGUUUAUCACAUUACUGCAAAAUAACCAGAUCAAUGGAACGAUAUCGCAUACUUGAAUAAUUCAGUCACGUAUUGUGUUAAUGAAAUUGUUACACAGUCAAUCUAAAAAAGAAGUAUACCGUUUUCUUUAUAAUCUGCACAAGAAGUUGACGCCUGCCAGUCAUUCUUGGCUCUUUAUUGGCCAUUUUGGGGCAAGUAAACCGGGGGGGGGGUACUUCCUUAUAAGAGGCUAAUGGGGAUGCGCCGCUGGAUGGGUUCACAUUUUCAAGACUGGAUUGACUACAAUAGGGUUGCAUUUUCAAUAGAGUAACUAGAAUGGGGUCGCACAAUUUCGGAUUUUUGGGGUCAGAAAGUUCUUUAUAUUUACGGUUAGCAAACGUACCAGAAUGUUUGUACUGUAGGUGAAAAGUAAAGUGUUCUUCAUUCACUUUAAAAAAUGGGUCAAUUCAUUUUAGGAUGACAACAUAAAUCCCCUUCUUUUAAGUCACUGGAAGACUUGGGAUAAUCGCGAAAUGGUUUCAAAGGAUGCGGAGUCUAUUUUUCAGCGACGUUUUCAUGGACGUUGCCGUGGUCUGAUCGUAAGGCCCCUAAUCUUCCGACCCCAAACGGAUCCCAAUUCAACUUCGUUCCCAGGGCCGAGGGUCAUGGAGCUGUUUCGGGGGAUGCUGUCUGGUGCGUUGUCGCGUUUUGUCUUGAAAUCUGAGCAGGAUUUAUUUAUGAACAAACAAACUUGAUGUCAGACAUUUGGCAACAUGGUAAAGCGAAAAAACACACUGCGCAUCUCCCUGGUGUUACUUAGCGACCAUGAAAUAUAGCUCAAUAUCAACACACAUUUUUUUAUACUAGGGCCUUAUUCAAAUACAUCAUAUUACUCUUCGUUUUACCUCCAAAAUUUGGGUAAGACUGCAAAAUGCAGCUGCUGGCUAAAGAUGCUGGUGAUAAGUGACCUACCGGUGGAACCACCAAAAAAUUGCGCACUGCGUGAUCCACCCCACGGGGUAUGAAGUCACGCAAGGAGACAGUCACGCGAGGGAAGCGGGAAGCCUGGAAGGUAGCCUGCGAUCAUGCCCUCUCCCUGUGAUCGACCUUGUGAUUUGUUUUCGGGAGCAGGCCGUUAUUUUUUUCGCUCUCGAGCCAAAGAAGCCAGGAAAAAAUAACGCCUGAUCUCAGGUUACCUGGAAGGAAAAAAGCAUUGCCAAGCAGUUGUUCAGGGUUAUUAUGGAUGCAGACGAAAUCCUUGAAGAGAUAGGGAGUUUUGGAUUUUUCCAAAAGCGAAAUGCCGUCUUUCUUGGUCUUAUCAUUUUCGUUUUGACUUUCCAAACGGUCUCGAUGGUGUUUAUCGGAGGUGAGCCAACGUGGCGGUGUACCGCAAACAGCAGCGUUUGUAUGCAAAAUGCAACCAUCAGCCCAGAUGACGAUUAUUAUAAAGCACGAUGCAACAUGUCCUCAGAGGACUGGGAAUUUACUACCGAGUUUACUUCGAUAGUAACAGAGGUAAGAAUGUUUUAUCUCUGAAACUACAAAGUGAAAACUAAAGCUAUUGAAUAUUCAAUAGAAUUGAUUUAUGUAAAAAAUCUUCUGUCCGCAGGAUUGUGAGCAAAUGAAACUUAAACGUGAUAACAAAAAGCUAACGAGCAGAGGGUUUGUUUGUUGUGACAAUUGAUUGAUUUUAAUGGUUUACAACGAUUUUUGUCUGUGUGAACUGUCUGAAUUCUUUGCUAGUUUCUUCCCGGAAGCAAUUGCAAGGGGGAGGUGGGAGGGGCUGGAGGGGAUACUCCCUUAACCUUUUAAGCCCUAAGAGUGAUCAGCAUCAAAUUUCUCCUUGUAAUAUCAAUGCUGUGUAAAACAGAGUGGUCAUGAGAAUCACAUACAUGAUCACACAUGAUGCAUUUGCUUGAUAUUUUAUCAUCUUCUCCCCACUACUUCUGUAGGAAAUGAAUAGGGGCAACAAAUGAGAAUUUAAAUGUUGAUCUUAGGGUUUAAAGGGUUAAAUUGACUAUGGGAGUGUGUCGGCAGUGCCACCACAUCUUUGAAACUCUCAUAGAGCUAUUUCAGACAAAAAAAGAUGAAUGUGAAACCCUGUUGCAAACAGGAAUAUUAAAAUAGUAGGCGAUCCCUGCGGCUGGCUCAAUGAUAAAAGGACCAGGGGAAAUUUAUUUAUGUAAUUUUGCUCCUAAGAGUCAUGUACCUGAAGCGUGAAGAGUACCUCAAUCCAUACAUGAUUCUAGUAUUAAAACGUUUUAAACUUUUUACUGGUGAGAAGUAUUCGUUUUUGUCUCCGUUUGAUGAGCUCCCUUACGGCCUUAACUGUUAUUUGAUCAUGAGCGAUGGCAAUUAUCAAGGCCAAAACAUAGCCUGUAUGGCAGUGCAAAGUAUUUUCCCCGCAUGUUUUUUCGUUCUUUGACUAUAGCGUAGGUACCAAGUUUUUCUCGGGUAUAGAGGGUUUUAUUUGCACUGGUUUAUUCUGGAGCAAACUGUGUCGAUUCUCACAUUUCGAGCUGGGUAUUUGUGGCUGCAGCUUACUUUUCUUAUCAAUCUUUCUAGUGAUGGUAGCAAGGCUCAACUGAUUACUCAUUGAUGAUAUUGAUCAUUGAUUAAUUAUGCCUGAAUAAGUGCACGUUUUAGAGAAGAAGGGGCGUACUAAAAGUUCAAGUGCUGAUUAAAAUUCCCUUUCGUAAGGUCCAAUACAAAUAGUGAAGAUUAUUACCAUGUGAUACGCAUUAAAAGAUAGAUAAAGUGCUGAUGAUUAAAAUUCCCUUUGUUAUAUGUUUUUUUGGUACAACGUUCAAAAAUAUCAAAUAGUGAAGAUUCCGUAACAAUUUGACAACAGAAAACAAAGGAUUGUGCACUUUCACGGUGCUUUGAACAUAAACUGCAGCACUGUUGUUUUUAUCAUUGAUGUUUGCCGCUUUUCAUAACCAGUCUCCUCUAAUAACUAUGGUUCGAUUCAAAAACAAAUAUUGGGAAAGGAAUUAAAGUAAUGCAGCUGAUGACUUUGCUGUCUGCAGAGCUGCUCAAAUUUUCAGUACUAUCCAGCGUGUUUAUUCAGUAAACAGGGGAAAUUUAUUUAUGUAAUUUUGCUCCUAAGAAUCUCUUUUGGGCGGAGCGUCCCAAUAUAGGCCAAAAUGGGAUGUAUCCCCCCAACUCAGCGAAAAAUAGAUACUGCAGGGUUUGUACAGGUCAUGGAAAACCUGGAAAGUCAUGGAAUUAAACAAUAAGUUAUUUCAUUUUCCAGGCCUGGAAAGUCAUGGAAUAUAAUAAUAUUGUUGGUCCUCAAAAGUUAUGGAAAAUUAAAGUUUUGUUUGAUAGAUUACUAAUGUAGAUGAUGAAGCAGGGACAAUGUGAGAUAGAGAGGAGUAAUAUUAUACAGCGCAAACGGCAAUCAUUUCAGUGGACAUUAGAGUUUGUGUCUGCUGAACUGUUUAUGGUCAAAAAAUACCUUAAAACAAGGAAAGUUUUGAAAAUUUUUGAAAGUAACAGCUAAACUAAGGCCAUGGAAAACUUUAAAAGGUCAUGGAAAAGGUCAUGGAAAGUGAUGGAAUUUGAAGAGAUCAAAAGAGUAUGCAUCCUAUACUGGUACUUCUCAAUUACACAAAGCUCUUUUGGUCCUAAAGAUACCAAACUGUUGUGUGUGUAACUUUUAGUAAUAGACCCAAGUUAACUCAGUCCCUCUGGUGUUUGAAUUAAGGAGGUUUGACUACUAAUAUUUUAAUUUUCUUAUGAACACCAAAGGAUGUUAAAAACUGGUAUAAAAAAGUGUUUGUCAACUUUUAAUAAUCUUAUUGUUUUGCAGUGGAAUCUUAUCUGUGGGAAGGAAUACUUUGCCAGUUUGUCGCAAUCAAUGCUGUUUAUUGGGUGGAUCCCAGGAGCAUUUAUCAUCGGAAGAUUGUCAGACAAGUUUGGACGCAGACGUGUCUUGUUCCCAGCUGUCUUUGUUGUUGCUGUUACAUCAUUUGCCAGUUCUUUUGUACCUGUUUUUUGGUAAACUAACAUCUGAUCUGGCAUUGCCUUGUUUGCUUGCUAUUGUAUUCACUGAUACCUUUGAACACAAGCCAAUUUACCCCAUAUAAGGAAAUCCAAGACAGUCUUGGAUUCUUGAUGAUAGAUUCUGGAUUUCAGAUACUGGAUUCCAGAUUUUUUCUGAGUGGAAAUUAGAUUCCGGAUUCAAAUUGUUAGUGGGAUUCCGGAUUCCUUGAGCUGUAUUUGGGAUUCAAAACCCCAAGGUUCUAGAUUCCACAAACAAAAAUUUCCCAGAUUCCAGAAUCUAGUUUCACUUACAUAGGGCGAAGCCAAUGCUCCGGUAGUACAUUACAUAAUAUUGUUAAAUGUGCAGGUCUAGAGUAUAGCUGUAUUGGCUUGUAUUUAAAGUUAUCAAUAAAAUAAUAAUUAAUACAAUAGCAAGUUGAGGUUAAUUUAUUGUUUAGUUUAAUGGUGGCUUGAUCCGGCUUGCCUUUUCCAUGUUCCGUUUGAUUAAACUCUGCGUAACCUUGAUUGUUUACUCAUGCCAUCAUUUUGUGUAUGUUUUACUCAUUCAAAGGUUGUUCUUGACCCUGCGAGGCAUAACAGGUUUCUUCCAAGGGGGAGUUUACAUUACUUUAUAUGUGCUGGUGAUAGAGUUUGUUGGCCCCAAACAUCGGAGUUUUGUAGGGACCUUGAUGUGGAUAUUUUACACAGGUUCCCUAAUGCUACUUAGUGGAUUAGCAUAUGGAAUACGCGAGUGGAGAACGCUGUCCAUUGUGAUCUCAGCGCCAGCAUUUCCAUUACUCAUCUUUUGGAGGUUUGUGCACUCUCAGAGAGGGGUUGACUGAAUCCCUAGGUAGAAACCUAGGUAUAUAGCACUUGCCAUCAGGGCAUUAAAUAGUAAUGUUCCUAUUGUACUUCCCCAUGCACCAAAUACAGAUUGUACCCCUCCAUGUUAAAGUCAAAAACUGUAAAUAAGAAAACAUCUUUGCUGCUUUCAUUUUUCUUUGUGUUAAGAAAUUACAAGAACUACACCAUUUUGACCAUCAUUUAUCCAAGUUUUCUCAAGUAUUUGCCAUCGCGAAAAAUCAUCUCCUCGUGCUCUCUAUCUGAUUUUUUAAGAAAUCCUUUAGCAUCCUUUUUGUUGUUCUGAGGUUUUCAUUCUCAGGGAAAAUAUAUCUUGUUUUUAAAUCAAAACUAUGAGAUUGAAGAUGCUACACAGCUGUUAUUGGACCUUGUUCUCAGCUGGAGCACCAUUUUUUUACCAGCACUAUAAUGAUUAUAUAAGAAGGUUAAUAAGAAAAUAGGGAACUGUAAAGUUCAGUCAAUAGAUCCCAGGAAAUUCCACAGUGGCAUUUACCAACUGAAUCUGUGAGUACUUGAAUCAUUUACCAACAAGAAAAAUAUAGCUGAACCUGUAUUAAGCGGCACGGCCAUGUUAAGCAGUCAGUUUUCAAAGUCCCGAAAAUUACCCCCCUUGAUGUACUGUGUUUUCAACCUCUAUUAAACGGUCACCUCUAUUAUGCGGCCACAGUCACCAUUUGCGAAGUUCCAAUGGGACCUUUUCUAUUGUCUUGACCUGUAUUAUAUUAAAUGGUCACAUGGUGUCAAUUACUUGUUCAUACAGUUUUAAAUACUGUAACACAUGAGGCAGAACAAUAAUUGUCGCAAAAAUAAACAAGGAAAUCAACAUUGAUUUCCUUGUUUAUUUUCGUAAAUCCUUAAAAUGCUGGAAAUGUCGAAUGUUUCUAUUUGAGGUCAAACGUCUGAUCUGAUCAGCACUGGAGAUCGAAUUCUUUGAACUGUAUUUCUUGCAACCUGUAUUAGGUUGUCACCCCCGUAUUAAGUGGUCACUUAGCCAUUCCCUGAGGGUGACCACUUAAUACCGGUUUGACUGUAUUGUCUUAGACUGCCAACUGGUAGUCUUCUUCAUAGCUGCUCGGGCCGGAGUCAGACAAGCUCCACUUGGGGCGGGAAGCUUGCGUGACUCCAGCUUGAGCAGCUGUGAAGAAGACUAGCCACCUGGAAACUUGCUCUGACAUUUACCUUAAGUGAUUAAUUGUCCUUUCUUGCAUGGAUGGUGUUUUAGUUUAUAAAAUUACCUAGAGAUGAGUCGAACUUAUAAAGAGUCUUAACAGUCAGGCCUUUUUUUCCAAGGUGGGUUCCAGAGUCAUGCCGGUGGCUGAUAGUUCACAAUAAAGCAGAAGAAGCUGUAAAGGUUUUUUCAUCUAUCGCUUCAGCAAAUAACGCAAACCUUCCUGAUGAUAAACUGCAUGUUGAAAUGAGAGAAGAGGCUGUGAAUGAGGGUGGAUUCUUGGAUCUGUUUCGUACAAAAACUCAGUGUGCUAAGACUCUCAUUCUUUGGCUUUGUUGGUAAGUAAAAGACUUCCCCUCUGUAAAAUAAGAGAGGAAAGUUUUUUUAUUAAAGUACUUGAAAAAUUAACCAUUCAAGAUGCUGUGAACUUGUCUAAUAGUUAUGGUCAGUGGAACCAUCACAUUUGGUCUAAUCCAGCGAAUAAAUCUAUCCUAGACAAUGAGGGACCGUAAGCUGGGGCCUGGGUUUGUUUAGAAAACUUUUUGGAGGACAUUUUGUGAGAGCUUAAUAGCCUGUGAGUGGUGAUGGGUCACUAAUCUUUUGUCGCUUGCUCGCACAUUACCCAUGACCCUUGCAACUAUGACCUCCAGCAAAAUCACUGAGGAACUUUGUGGCUGGCAAGGAAAGCUGGAACCUUGCAAAAGAAGUCAAUAAUGUAUAAUAUUCCAUACCUAAAAGAUUGGGUACACUGUAGUUAAAACUGUUGACUGAUUGCUGUCAUUAAAUUCAUAUGAUUUCAGGUUCACUAAUUCCAUGGUUUAUUAUGGAGUUCUGUUGAGUGUUGGAGUGCUCGGUGGAAGUUUGUAUCUCAACUUUUUCCUCACAAGUGUCAUUGAUAUUCCAAGCAAUCUUUUUGUCAUAUGGUUCAUGGGCUGGUAAGUAUGAUAAUAUGUUAAGAGUGUUCUGCAACUUUCUGAUGAAUUCUCUUGUCAGACAGUCUCUAAUACAGUUAAAUAGUUGACUGUCAAUCAUACAGUCUGUCAAUCAGGAGUCAGUCAGAGAGUGGUCAGUCAGUCAGACAGUCAGACAGUCAUCUGUCAAUCAAUCAGAGUUAUAGUCAGGAAGACAGUAUCGUGGGUAGAAUUUCCAUAAGACAUUUAUUUAGUACACAAAAUAUACAUUCACACAGUUUUAGAGAAUUAUUUGGAUAGCGACAUUGUCAGAGAAACUAUCCAUUUGACCACACAGUUGUUAGAAGGACAGAGACAGUCAGACAGUAAGUCGGUCAGUCUGUCAGUCCGUUAAAACGCCAGCAACCCUCAGCUUAAGUUGUUUAGUCAAGUGGACAGCGAAACUGUCUUUAUCAAUUCAACAGGACACCAAAUUGGUUGGGCUACCUAUUCAUCAUUCACUUUAAUAGGCGCGUAAUUUACCAUCACCAAAAAUACUACCACGCCGACCGAUGAAACACUAUUAAACUAAGUAAAACUGAUGCUGUCAAAGGAAUGUGAGAUUGGAUCUCAAUUUUUCUUCAAGUCGAUAUGAACUGAUGUAGAAAUAUUUCUUUAUAUUUUUUUCAGGCAAAGACCAAUUUUGUGUAAAAGGUUUUAUGGUAGAAAGAGAGCGUUAAUUCUUUGUAUGACCAUGGCAGCCGUGUUUUGUCUCAUCGUUUCUGUGAUACAAGAGCUCACCGAUUCAGGUAACGGCUAGAUGUAGAUAAAUGCAAGACACUAACUUAAAGGUAUGUUCACACUUACUCGAAACAUGUGAAGCGUAGCGAAAAAUGAAACACUUUUCACCAAGUUUUACGUUCAAACUUAGCCGGGUCCUGCUCUCUUCUGAAACAGGCUCAAAGAACGGUUUAUCAGAGCUUAAUUAAAAUUAUCUUGCGAUGUUGUUUUGAUCACCUUUACGCAGAAGUUAAACGAACGUGAACGUAAAACACAGAAGAUGGCAGAAGGCAGUAAUUUUGUAGUACUUGUACGCACGCCUUACGUGCCUACUUAAGUUAACCGGAUACAUUCGGGGUUCAAGUGCAAAUAAUGGAGUGCGCGUUUCUGUUAAUCUGCAGAUACCUAAAACCCUAUAUCAAACUGUUGCUUAUUCAACUGUCUAGUUCCUAGUUUUUUACUGCAGGCGCCCGAAUAAGUUUUUGGACUUUUGACAGUACUUUUUGGGUCUCUUUAGCUAGAAUCCGAUAAAGGGAAAUCUGAUAACGGCACUGUAUACGGUCUUUUUAGCGCGAAUCAGAUGGAGGGAACAUACCGGUACUCUUGGAGUGUCUGUUAGCCAGAAUCAGAUGAAGGGAACAUAGCGGUACACUCGGGCUUAGUUUCUAAGUAUAACUUAAGUUUGUAGCCAUAGUAAUUGGUAGUUCAUUAUGUUAUUUCUUCUUUUCAGGUGUUACAGCUGUGCGCAUCAUUUUUGCAGUUCUUGGAAAGUUCUGCAUCAAUGCAUCUUUCAGCACAAUUUAUGUGUUUUCAACUGAGCUCCUUCCUACAGUUAUCAGGUUUCACAUUGCCACCCGGUUUAGAAGAGUGCCGGUCUGCUGAGGGGCCGAAAGAAAAUUUCAGUUAACCACCAAUAAAAAAACCAAGGCUUUGUUGGUAAAGACCUGCCGGUUUGGUAAUCACCGCCGGAACGAAAAGCGACCGUCCGUCCGCCCCAGUCCCUCAAUAAAAAACCAAGGUCUUUGAUCAGGUUUUAUUUGGAAGGAAAUCACAUGGCGGAGACGAAUUUCGUAGGAAGAAAAACAUGGAAAUUAAAAGCGGCGGUGAGAAAAUGAGAAAAGAUAGCGGCCAGUAAGGUGAAAAUGAGCGGCAGUGAAAAAUAAAAGCGAACAUGAACACUGGAAACAAAAUAUUGGGUAAGCACAUGCGACAAUUCCUCCAUAAAAAUAAUGUGUAACUAGGAAGUUUGACGUUUUAGGGCCUGUUUACAUGGAGUGGGGGACCCCGGUCUAGUGGGGUUGGUUUCUUUUGUUUUCACGCUCUGAGGGACACAAAACAAAAGAAACCUACCCCACUAGACCGGGGUCCCCCACUCCAUGUAAACAGGGUCUUAGUCGUACAGAACAGCGUUAUAGUCGUGCAAAACAACGGCAAGGGAAGGACAAAAAAAGCGUGCUGCACGUGCAAAUUUGUUUUUUGCUAAUUAGAAGAAAAACUGUGCUGCACGUGCAAUUUGUUUUUUCCUAAUUAGAUCAAUUAGUCUUGAAGCCAUUUUCAUUGUCGUCCCCGUUUAGCAUUACACGAUUUAAUUUUUUGUUGUUUACACGUAUUAUUAACCAGAGCUUCGCUUUUAGCCCUGGCUAAAUCUAUAUAUUAUCUCUGAUUCAAACCCUUUUUCAGUUCAGACUUUCGCAUCAUUUGAUUAGGUGGUGAAGUGAAGCCGUUAGCAUUGUCUCCCUUAUCCUUACACAUCCUCUGGCUGCAGUAGAGGGCUGAGAACUGGCAGCGCUUCGGAUUUUUACCGUUUCUCAUCCACAGUAUGCAGAGUUAGAGCCACUUUCUAUAUGGCAAUGAACAGUACCGCAGGAAAGUGCUACUCAGUAGCUUUCAUUUGAAUGUUCACACUUUAAGAUUUCAUCCACAUACUCAAAAGUUAGAACCACUUUGUACAGCAUAAUAAACAGUAUCACAGGAACGUAUUGCACAGUAGCUUUCGUUUGAAUGGUCACACGUUAGAAUUUCAUCCACAGACUCAAAAGUUAGAACCACCUUGUACAACAUAAUAAACAGCACCACAGGAAAGUACUGCUCAGUAGCUUUCAUUUGAAUGGUCACACUUUAGAAUUUCAUCCACAGACUCAAAAGUUAGAACCACCUUGUACAGCAUAAUAAACAGUACCACAGGAAAGUACUGCUCAGUAGCUUUCAUUUGAAUGGUCACACUUUAGGAUUUCAUCCACAUACUCAAAAGUUAGAACCACCUUGUACAGCGUAAUAAACAGUACCACAUGAAACUACUGCUCAGUAGCUUUCAUUUGAGUGGUCAUUUUAGAAUUUCAUUCAUCCACAUACUCAACAGUUAGAACCACCUUGUACAGCACAAUAAACAGUACCACAGGAAAGUGCUACUCAUGACCAGUAGCUUUCAUUUGAAUGGUCACACUUAAAGAUUUCAUCCACAUAACAAGGGAAACUGCUCACUUGGCUGACUAGUUUGCUUUCACUUUACAGUGUGCGUUAAUUACUCUGAGCAAUGAGAGCAGUGGCCAACGAUUGGCCAGGUCAUAUCAGACUCAAUUUACACAAAGGAACCAAUCAGGUUUCAAAGCUGAAUUAAUUGUAUAAUAACAAUGGCGGGCUGGGCGCCAAGCGCGAGAGAAGAAAACGUGCGUGAGGAAGUCACAAAAGUUUUUUCUUUUUAUUGUGUUUUUGAAGGAACGUCGGAAUGGGAAGCAUGGCGGUAUUUGAUCAAACUGGUGCCAGCAUCGCUCCGUUCGUUGUGUUACUGGUACGUUUUAUACAUGGUUGUAGUUAGGGACCUUAUGCUCCUACAACGCAAAAGUCAAUAAAUUAACCUCACAUCCCUACAGAUCUAGGCGGUUAAUAAGAGUUGAGAAAUUAAGUCGCAACACAAGGGAACAGACAGGUACAGUUAAAAAUUCAUUCAAAAUUUUCUCUGUACCUGAUUAGCUUUAAUCCAUCAUCUAAUUCUUCAUAAAAACCUGCUACAGCUGAUCAAACUGACCAAAUAUGAAUUUGGUUUUGCUCUUAUCCCGUCAUUGAAGUCAGUGACUUAAAUCAUUGAGGGGAAAAUAGCAAAUUAUUAUUCUCACAUUUUGUCGCGAUUAUUUCAACUCACUGUAAAUGCCAAACUGUGGGUGAAAUUCCCUGGAGUUUAAUUUUAGACAACCGCGCCAAAGUUUAGAACGAGAAGAGAAAGAAAAAUUCGUUUUUGUGAGUUUACGUACUUCAUAUAACGUCCAUAUGACGCCUCACAAGGCGAUUUCACGUCCUAGAAGUGCAGUGACGGCGAAGAAGUGUGCCAAAAUGUGUGAUCCUUGCGUAGAGUUGUUCAGCUAUUGCUUUUUGAAGUUAUCGUUGCCUUCGCUGUCGUUGUUGCUAAAAUUUCCUUUAUAUUGAUUGACGCCGAGCCUUCAGCAAACUAGCUGAGGCAGGCAACUGCCGUAGGCCAUAUCACAGCGUUUUCACGGACUGGUUUAUUUUUAGAUACAUUUGGGAGCACUUUUUCCCGCGAAAAUGGAAGUUCCGCUCCGUCUGUUGGCGCAUUCAGAGUGUGUCAAAGGAAAUUGAAAAGCAAUUUUAAAAAGGUCAAAAAUACUAUUUUCAGGUCUUUUGGUUUUGCUGGCUAGUUUGUAGGACUAGCACGAUAUUCUAAAUUCGCUCUAAAAAUAAACUUGUCGAUGAAAACGCCGCGACAUGAGUAAAUGGAAAUUGCUCUCUCCGGGUUCAUGGACUCCUGUAGCCUGCGUAGCAGGCGCUAGGAAAUAAAUGGGCGCAAGGAAAAACGCGCGCGAGAGAAGAAGACACGCGUGUCUCCCUCGCACACGCCCGUUCUUUCUUGCGCCCAUUUACUUCUUAGCACCUGCUACGCAGGCUAGGACUCGUGGUGAAAGCAAUUUUUGUCUCCUUUUAAUUUUUUAGGGAAAGACCCAUCCUGUGAUUCCUUUCGCGAUCAUGAGUGGAUUUGCAUUCACUGCUGGUUGUUUAUGUGGGUUACUUCCGGAAACUCUGGGAAAGCAUACUCUGGAAACGUUAAAAGAUUCAACAGAGAUGAAUUCAAGGCAGGAGGGUGGCACCAAUGAUCCGCUUUUAACCACACCCAAGGAUUUGGGUCCAAGGGCCAUUUAAACUACCGGCAAAGGUCCUCUGACCAUAUCUGUUUUAGCCCCACAGGUUUUACUAUUUUUGUACCAGGGUUGGCUUAAAAGUACCGGCUAGUUUGCUCGUAAAGGUCUUUUAUUCCCGCGGGUAUUUUUAGUUUACCCUAGGGUUGGUCGUGGCUUAAUGCUCCACCCUCGAACGGAGUCUAUAGUAACAACAAAACAGCAUCGGAACAACAACCAAAAACUUUAAAUAUUGUUCGUUAGAAUAUUGUAUAUUUUCUUAGAUAUUUUAUUCUAAAGUAUACAGCGUGUUAUUGCGUUCGAGGUAGGAGAACGCAACCUCUAAUUUUUUGGGUGUUUUGUGCAUUAUUGUCCUGUGCAAUUAAUAAGCGAGGUUUUUCAGAUUGCAUUUGUGUCGACACACAUUUGCCUAGACUUUCAAAAAAGUCCUUCUUCGGAUUUAAUAUGGCGCGGCCUCUCGCGACUUCGUCGCUCGGUCGGCCGCUUUCCGGCCUAAAAACCCUCGCUCCGCUCGCCAAGAGGUCGACUUGUAGCAAGUCUAACAUGUGCCUCGCUUUGAGGCGCUUGUUUACGUUUUGUCUCACUUUGACGCUCAAAACUAACGUAGUGAUACAUGUGUCCUCAGCGUUCAUCUUUCAAACGUUUGCUGAGGUCUGCUAUUCUGUCUUCGUAAAGCGUUCAUCUUUUAAAAGUUUGCUGAAACAUUUCGUAAAGCGGACAUAUUUCAAGAGUUUUGUGAAGGUCUACUAGAUCAUUCUCUCUUGAAAACAUUCAUCUUUCAAAGGUUUGCUGAAGUACAACACCCUGAGUAAAAUUUUACUUUCGAUUAAGCCUUCAUAUUUUUCAGUAUGAGUCGUCACUAUCUUUGGAAAUGUGUGCGACUCAUGGUGCAUGCCUCAAACCGCGUGUUUUGCUCUGCGGCCGUUGUGCCACAGAGUAAAUUUACUGAGUUGUGUAGCUUGGUGUCCGUUGUGCCAAAAAGUAAAUCUACGGAGUUGUGUAGCUCGGCGGCCGUUGUGCCAUAAAGUAACCGAGAUAUGAAGCUCGGCGGCGCCAUUUCAUCAUGACUUAUGAUAUUUUCGGCACCGGACAAACGAACAUUUUAGCUCUAUGUUAUUUAUUCGGAAAAACCUAUAAACCAGCUCACGGUUGCGCCACUCAAGUCACUGAAUUCAACACACUCGACCAAGUUACUGGAAAAGUUAUUGACGUGAGCCGCACACACGUUCCACUGACUUAGACUUUGAUGAUUCCCUUGAAACGUGUUAAAUUGAGAGAUGUUGUGUAAGUGAACCAGUGUUCAAACACAAUUCAUUGUGCCCCAGCGUUCACCACGAAAACUGUGGUCUUGGGUCUUUAUCCUGUUUAUUAACACAAGUUAAAAAGACUUGCCAGUAACGGUUUCAUUUUAUAGUAUAAUUCAG